GGCGUCAGUAUCGUAACUAAGGCAUCAGCAAUAGCUACGACAUUCCUCAGCAAUCAUGGUAUCGAAAUACAUCGUUCUUUUCGCCCUCGUUGGCGUAGCCUGCGCUUAUAUUCCAGUGAAGAGGGAAGCUAACGCUACCCUCGUCGCAGACAAGUCGGCCUCUGGUUCAGUCUCCGGUUCGGUCUCUGGUUCGGCCUCCGGUUCGGUUUCUGGUUCGGCCUCUGGUUCGGGCUCUGGUUCGGCCUCCGGUUCGCUGUCCAACGCUGCGUCGAUCGCCGCCGAAUCCUGGUCCCAACUCCAGAGCAAAAUAUCAUCUGUUAUGAGCUCCAGUGACCACAGUUCCUGCUUGGAUCUGCUUGGAAUAAGCAACGCUAAGGAAAAAUUGGAAGCGAUCGACUACACGAAAAUCACCGUCGUUGCAGAAAUACCUGACCUCACCAAACUCAACAAGUUGCCUGUUCUGCUUGACUUGAAAGAAAGCAUCAACCUUGCCAGGAGGCGUAUUGCCGCCAAACUGCUUUCUUUGGCUAAUGUCACCGUCGAAGCUGGACUUGAACUUGACGCGGAAGUGAAGGCUGCCGUUCAUGCAGCUAUCCUUGCGGCCAUCAAAGCAGCUAAACCUGUCGAGCUCUUGAUCGAAAUUGUCUACAACAUCGUUAAGGUCUACUUCGAAAUUGCGCUCAGUGCCCCUCUGUUCAUCGCUUCGCCUUCCAUAAUUGCUGAAGCUAUCUCGUUGGCUAGCAGUUGCGUGUCUGUUGUUAUCUCGGCUUCGGUUUCCGUUUCGGUUUCCGCCUAAAAAAUUAUUCAAUUUUGGAUUGGUUUGACGACUAACGACUAGGUAAAUGAAAUUCCCAGUUGCAACUGCAUAAAACACCAUCUUAUGUGCAGUUGUAGCCGUAUGUUACUGAUCAUAUUUUAUCUUCAGCUUGAAUAAAGCUUUUAAUUGCAUUUUAUGUGGUAUUCUUUCUAUCCCAACUGUAUAGUUCAUCACUUAGAUUCCUGUACAUGUUAUAUCAUUAAUCCAAUUUUAUAUUUGAUUGUUCAUCUAUCCACAUAUUUGUCCAUCUACCUGUCCACAUUUAUAUGGAUCUUUUGCCUCGGAUUCAUAUAAUAUUCGAAUAGUAUUUCUCCAUACCUAACCUAACUUUCUAUCAAUUGAAUCAUCCACUCACUUCUUUAAACUGACCCUUCAAAUCCAAUUUUCUAUACUUCGA